AUGGUUCUCGGCGAGUUUUUCAUUGGCAGACACAAGUGGCAGAACGUCGAAGAGACCCCGAUGCCCCUGGACGUCCCCGACGUCGAGGAGGUCGGCGCCACCCUGGCGCCGUUGUUGAGUGCCGCCUACUUCAUCGGCGCCCGCUGCCAACCUUACAACGACGACUUCAUGAUGUGCAAGGACGAACACAACGGCGGUGCCCUCGAGUGCUUGAAGGAAGGGAGACGCGUCACCCGGUGUGCGGUGUCGGUGCUCAAGGACAUCAACACCCACUGCUUCGACGAGUUCAAAUUGCACUACGAGUGUCUCGAACAGGAGAACCACCGUCUCGGCCACUGCCGGGCGCUGGAAAAAGUGUUCAACAAGUGUGUGUUUGACAACUUGAAGUUGGAAAAGAAGAUCCCCGGCCCCGAGGCCCAGAUCCACUUGAAGGAAAACCCCAUCUACACUGGUUCCACCAGAGACCCCAAGGUGACCGCCGAGUUCUUGAAGAAGAAGAACGAGCAACAACAACAAUAG